AUGGAGGAUAUACUGCGAUCUGCUGGCAUCGAUCCUGGCAAAAGCGUACUUGAUAGCGAACCGGUCGAUGAUGAUGAUGAUGAUGAUGAUGAUGAUGAUGAUGAUGAUGAUGAGGUCCAGUCCGAUGUUGAUGAUUGUGAUAGCAGUAAACACUUGAGCAGUGAUAACUCAUCGGCAUCACCGGAAGAAAGGAAGAGUUUUGAAUCGGUUACAACUCCGCAGUCUGCGUCCAGUGGUAGCAUUGAAAGUCCUAGCCAAGCGGUCAUCCUAAAGAGAGGCCGAGGCCGAGAGGGCAUAUUUUUCGGCUCUUCGUCGAGUUUCCACAUUCUGUCCGAAGAAGGAAUUCGAUUUGUUCGAGAGAAAUCAGGCGUGCAAGAUUUUCCCCAUGGCCUACUAGAACAGCCUUGCUGGUCAUCUAUUAACUUUUCACCUUUACCCGUCAACAUAUACACCGAUCUGUUUGAAUGCCGGGUUUACAAGGCGCUCCCUCCUCGAUCUGAAGUUUUUUCUCUGCUGCGGAACUAUUUCAGCACCAUCAACUGCAUAUUUCCCAUUAUUCACGAGGAGACGUUCAUGGAAAUGGUGGAGUGGCAGUAUACUCAGCAAAAGUGUACUGAUGUCGGUAGAUGGGCGAGUAUCAACGCUCUGUUGGCUCUCAGCUUUAGAUACAAGGAUGACCGUGGCCCGCGUCCUGAAAAGGAUACAGAAAGAGCUUGGCUAUAUUGGAAAAAUGCGGCCGCCGUGUAUACAGAGCUGUCUUUGCGGCCUAAUGAUGUUCUUGGUAUACAGGCUCUGCUGGUUAUGGCAAUCUUUGCCCGGGUCAAUGGCCAUCUUCAGCUGGCAAUUCCCCUAAUUACUGCUGCUAUGAAGUCGGCCCAAGCUUUAGAGACUAGGAGGCGAGUGUGGUGGUGCAUCUUUAUCAUGGAUCAAGGAAUUGGCAUCAAGACCGGGAGAGGAUAUUUGCAACAUCCGGACGACUCCGAUGUCGACUUACCUGGGGAAGAUCCACAGGCUUUUAACGAUCUUCAAAACGGAUGUGUGUGGAGCAUCAAGUUGUUCCGCUCAUCGUGCACUCAUGCCGUUCUCGUCUCUUCCAUCUACCGCGAGCUGUACGCUACCAAAGCAUUUUACAAAUCAUUUCCCGAGGUCUGCAAGACGGUCAGCAAGUUAAGCGACCAAUUACGUGAAUGGAAGCGAGACUACUCGUGUCUCUCGUAUACGCCACCCGAGUCUAAAGACUCGACAGACCUGAAUAGAGAGGAGGAGGUCAAGAUUGUCGCUCAUAUUUCCGAGAAAUUAAGCUACCUCAAUUCAAUCAUUUUGAUCAAUCGCAUGCCGCUAUUGUUUGAAAUUGCUGGGCUGAAACGAACGUAUCCUAAGCGCGAUGCAAUUAAACACGUUUCGGCGACCUCUCGACAUCACAGCUUGAUAUGUUUGCAUGCUGCACGAGACUCUUUGAAAUUGCUAGAUCGACUACCAUGGAGGGAUGUUGGAUUCAGUUGGGCACUUUUGGAUUUCCUUUUCUACGCAUCAUCGAUUUUGUUCACGCAUAUCGUCGAGGAGCCUCUCAUGCCUGAAACCGGGUCCAUUGAAGAAAAUCUAGGCAUGUUAAAUCUUGCAACGAAUUAUUUUUCCACGCUGGCUUCGAUGCACGGACGUUCUAAAUCGGUCAAGUUCAUGGCUAGGAUGAGCGCGAUCAUCGAGCGUACGGCGAAAAAAAUAAUCGAUAAAGCAUUGAAAGAGGUCAAUAUUUCAGCCGGAAAUAGGAGAAAGGGAGAAACAGUCUCAUCGGUGCCAAGAGAGCAAACGGCGCCUGUCAUUGAGCAGGCGAACGAUAUUGUAGGCCCUGACCUCGCUUCGUCAGUACCAUUCUCUAGCGAUCCAGUCGCUGAUGGGACCUUUCCGGCGGGAUUCGGGAAUGUGUUUCUACAGGACGGUGCCUUGCCAUACAUGAUCCCCAUGUCAGACCCAGACAUACAAAUGACAAAUGCAUACUCGCAGAUGUAUAACAAUCUGUACCAAUAUGAUUUCCCGUCAUAUAUGACGGCACCGGUGCCGGACGAAUUCUGGGGACAGGAGGCCGUGCCUGAUUUUAUGGGCAACAUUUCUAUGCAAGGAAAGUACGAUCAGAAUAUGGCCAAUGACGUGCUACAUGAGUACAUGUGGAACAAUAACGGCUGA